CAAUGAACAACUGAAGGAGAAGCUGGAUGCCCUUCAAUGCCAUUUCACCUGGAAUUUGAGCGUAACAGGCCACGUUGGACUGACACAUGUCCUGCAGAAGCUGGCUGUUGAAAUCAAGCACACCCUCCACCAAAACCACGCAGCUCUCCUGGGGCUGCAGGCGUACCUGUACCAGCUGAACGGCCGGAACAGAGAAGCUCUGCAGAGCCUUAGAGACGCUGAAGAGCACGAGCGACAAAAUAAGCACGAGGGACAAGAUGAGGAGCAGGCGUCGGCUGCUAGUUCAUUGAUUAUCUGUGGGAAUUACGCUUGGAUUCACUACCUUCAGGCCUCUUACCAGGAGGCUGAAAGCUACCUGGAACAAAUUCAGCAGCUCUGCCCCGCUCCUUGGGAUUCACGGCUGAUCCCGUACAUCCAGGCCCAGAAAGGCUGGUCCCUCCUGGCUGUCAGAACCCGCAACGGGGAACGGGCAAGAGAGUGCUUUGAGGUGGCAGUGAUGCUGAAACCAGGGAACAGAUAUUUCCAUACUGGGCUGGGAAUGGCUCUUUAUUUCUCCUGGAGUUACUUCUGGUAUCCCGAUAUUGCAAAGAAAGCCAUAAUGCAAUUGGAAAGAACUAUCCUUGAGCAGCCAAACAACUACAGAGCCAAAAUGGGUUUAGCCAGGCUACUCGAACAAGUGGAUAUAGAAAGAUCGAUUGACUUGAUAGAAGAAUGCGCAGAGAAAAGCUCCGAUCCCGACGUCCUCAAAGGCACGGUUUUGUUCUGGCUCCGACGAUCUACGGAGCGAGCAACUGAGAUAUUACAGCGAGCCCUGCAGCAGGAUCCAGGUUACCACCUUCUCUACCAAGUCUUGGCCAGGUGCUAUAAGGUACGGUGGCUUAAUGCAAAGAAGGAAGAGAAGAAUAAUAUAUUGGAUGCAGCCAUCAAGGACCUUGAGCAAAUUCUUUGUAACCACCCAGACCUUGACAUCGUGUUUUUAAAGCUGCAAUUAGCAGAGUUCUACGGCACGAGAGACCCAGCCCAGGAAGAGAAGAUCUACAAGGAGCUGCAGGAGACAGAGGACACCCUGAGCCCCAAAAGCCGUCAAGCCCUUUGUCUCUACUGGGGGAAGUUCUUCCUCUACAAAAAGAAAUCACCUGACAAAGCAAAAGCGAAGUUUAUGGAAGGUUACAAAAUUCCCACGCGGACAGAAGAGAGGAAGGAGUGCGCCUGGAGGCUGACAAAGAUGGCUUGGUACUGCAGCCGCGACGAUGCCGACGCCAUCUACCACUUCAUCCACGAGACCGACCGCCGCUUGCCCACAGAAUUUUCUGGAACCGGUCCAGACUGA